CAACAAUCGAGUCGCUUGUGGUCUGGUGUGCUAGAAGAAGCGGUGUAGCCUACACAUGGCAAGACGCAAAUCAGUCUGGUUGUUGUGCAAAUGUUGCGUUUGAGGUGUUAAAGAAGAUGGUUUACGCAUUUUUCUGUUUUUUCUUAUGGCUUUUCAGUGGUGUGUCUGCUGAUACAGAUGAAACAGAGAUGAUAUCAGUGAUGGAGGGAGAUUCUGUUACUCUACACACCGAUGUUACUGAAAUACACAGAGAUGAUCAGAUAAUCUGGACAUUUAAGCUUAAAAAUUCAGAGAAUCGUCUAGCUGUAAUCUAUAAUCAGAUCCUCUCUAUAUAUGACAGUAAAGAAUAUAAUAAAAUAUUCAGAGACCGACUAAAGAUAGAUGAGCAGACAGGGUCUCUGACCAUCACAAACAUCAACAAAUUACACUCUGGACUUUAUAAACUACUGAUCAUGAAUGGAGGAGUCAAACACAAGAGCUUUAAUCUAGCUGUCUAUGCUCUUCUGACUGUUCCUGUCAUCAGUGAUUCUCCUCAAAACCCUUCAGUAUCAGAAAGAUCAUCAAGUCAGAAUUGUUCACUGCUGUGUUCAGCUGUGAAUGUGAGUGAUGUGACUCUCUCCUGGUACAAAGGAAAUAGUUUAUUGUCCAGCAUCAGUGUGUCUGAUCUCAGCAUCAGUCUCUCUCUACCUCUGGAGAUUGAGUGUCUGGAUGAUUCAUACAGCUGUGUUGUUGCUUAUUCAUUCACCAACCAGACUAAACACCUCAACAUCACUGAUCUCUGUCAGCCAUGUUUAGAUGGUUCACAUGUGCCUUUCAAAGGUAUAAUUGCUGCUGUGUUUCUGCUGCUGUUGCUAGCGAUCUCAGUUUUAGCUGUGUGGAUAUUCUGUCGCCGCAGGAGCCACAAAGAAGCAGUACAAGAAAUUCGGACUACUGUGGAAGAGUUGGAUUAUACUGAUGCAACAUUUACUACAAACAGAGCUCAGGAUACGGAGACUACUGGACAGAAUCAGACAGAGUAUUCAGAGGUGGCUUUCAGAUGAUGAUCAUUCACACUGUGUUAUUGUACAGCUCAUCUUAUUACAGGCCAGAGCAUGUUGGGGCAUAUGUGUGUAACAAAGCUUCAAGCCUCAAUGUUGAACUGCAAAUCCACUGGUUGUGGGCAUUGGUUACUACAAAUGAGUGUAUUUCAUCUUACAAAUACUUAAAAAAUAGAUCUUAAAUAAGAAAGAAAGAACAGAAUUCUAGAGUAUUCACAACAGGCAACCUAAUGAGACGCUCCGUUAAUUUUUGAUCUCAAUCGUGUCUGCAGCUGCACAGCUUCAUACCUUACACAAUCGUGUCUAGACGUGAUUUUUGGUGGUUUGUGUUAAGUAUUGUUUUCACACCCAUCCACAUGAUUACUAUCCUAGCUCUGAUUAUGAACCAUCAUGAUAAACAGGACAAAAAUAGAUCAAAACAAGGAAGAAGUAUCAGAAAAAGAACCAGCAGCAUGAGCUACAUAAAGAGUACAAAUGUAUACAGUAUUUUUAGAUAUACAUGUAAUCAUUGAGGGGUGCCCAAAUUCGGUCCUGGAGGGCCGGUGUCCUGCAGAGUUUAGCUCUAACCCCAAUUAGA